AUGGUGUCUGAUUUCGUUAUACGAGCAUGGACCAGUUCCUGCCGUGCCCUGAUAGCCCCCGAAGCCUGUAAUGAUGCAAGAAUAGAGAAGGAUGCAGGGGUGGCCCUGAAUUUAAUCAAUAAACAUCGCAAAGAAGGCUACAUUUUUGUCCUGUUCCGUGUGGCCGAUCGUACGGUAUUCAUUGUUGAAUUCACCAUAAAAGAGACAAGAUGCCCUAGAAACAUCGAUGCAACAAGUGUUUCCCAAUGUGAAUUCCUGCCUGAUGGAAAAGCUAAUCUGGGAUUUUGCAUAGGAAGAAUAGUUAAAGAGACAGGAGCCCCAGAUGUGGUCGAAGUAGACUCCUGUGUGAUCUAUGAUACUCAGAAUCUCAGCAUCUGCCAUCACCAUCACCACUUCCACCAUGAUUUGGGAGAAGGCCGUCAUCACUGCAAUGUAACUGGGCAUGGAUGUAGACAUCCGCUACAUAAACAUCAUCAUUACUACCAUCACCAUUAUCAUCCUCACCAUCAUCAUCCUCACCUGUUCAGUGCGGACUUUGUCCAUCGUGUUCCAAUUUUGAGUGAACACGAUGUCCUCCAAGCUCCUGAUGCCAACUUUCUUGACCAUCCUUUGCCUGACCAAGGAAGACAUGGAUCGAAGUCAUGCCCAGGCAAGCCCAAAUAUGACCUCUUCCCAGGCCUUUUGUCUUUAUUUCCUACAUCAUCAGCACGUUAA